GUUACCUGUAAAAUCUGCAAUGAUAUUAUUAUUAUAUCUAUCAUACCAUACACGAAAACGCAGGAGAAACACCUACCUCUCUGUCUCUCCCGCGUCAAAAAAGAUCCUUAAUCCGUUUCCACCCCCAAAAGGAUAGAAUUUUGAUCCGAAAACAGUUGGAAUUUACAGAGAUCCCUGUUUCCGAUUCAUGUGGCCGAUACAUAUGCUUGUAAACAAGCUACUAAAAGCCGAGCAACGCCAAGAGGAACAUGAUUUAUGUUUGGAUGAAACCUUCAACUUCAAAUGGUUUUUGAGAAAUAGGAAUAUAAAUGGCCACUCACAUUUUAUUCAAGUCCCUCACAUAAAACAGUUGCGCUCAUGGGAUUGUGGUCUUGCUUGUGUUUUAAUGGUUUUGAGAACGCUUGGUCUCGAUCAUUAUGAUCUCCAAGAUCUUGAGGAGAUCUGUCGUACAACCAGUAUUUGGACAGUGGAUCUAGCAUAUUUGUUGCAAAAGCUUUCCAUUAGUUUCUCAUACUUCACUGUAACGUUAGGUGCUAAUCCAGAUUUUUCAGUGGAGAAUUAUUAUAAGGAGCAAUUGGCAAAUGAUAUAGGGAGAGUAGAUAUGCUAUUUCAGAGAUCAGUAGAAGAGGGGAUAAAAAUAGAGCACAGGUCAAUUAAGGGAGAAGAAAUUGUCUUUUUGAUCUUAUCUGGAAAAUAUAUCAUAAUUGCUUUAGUUGAUCAGUGCAUUUUGAGUCAGCCUUGGAAGGAAGAUGUAAGUAUGCCCCGAUUUUAUACUGACACUGCAGCAUAUACUGGCCAUUACGUUGUUAUUUGUGGCUAUGAUGCUCAUGCUGAUGAAUUUGAAAUUCGAGACCCAGCCAGCUCUAGGAAAAGUGAUAGGAUCUCAUCAAAAUGCUUGGAUCAAGCUCGCAAAUCCUAUGGCACAGAUGAGGACAUCCUCCUGAUUUCACUGAUGAAAACCAGCAACUUAAACACGGCCUGAAUAUUGAACAUAGUACAAUUUCUCAUAUGCUAUUAAAUUGUUCGAAUACUAUGUACCUGAUUGGCUGAUUAUUACCACUUGCCAUUUACACAUUGUAAAACUAUAAAAUAAGUACAAGGGUGUGUUCACAAAUCACAAUCGUUUAUAGAACUAUACGUCUAUACACGUGUGUGAAUGCAACAUAUCCAUAUGUAUAAUGUUAUUUGGUUGGCAAUUAUAAUAAAUCAUGUAUAGUUGGUA